GAAGGAAUAAACAGGAAGUGAAGAGGAGUGAUCCAUCCAAAAUCUGUCAAUGAAAUGCACACAUUUAGAAAUAAGUCGUGAUGAUGGCUGACAACAGCUAGGGGGAUGAGUUAUAAACGUGAGGGACACAAGCCCCCUCGCCCUCCUCCCCCCAAAGCCAGCCUGGGCUCCAAGCUGACUUCAGGGGCAAUAGGCAUCAGCUUCAAGGCGCUGGAGGAGGAAGAUGAUGAGGAUCUCACUAGCUUCACGGGAAAGUUUGAUAAGGUUGUAGAGGAGGCUCACAAGUCCCAGCGCUCUAGUCAUGAAAGAAGAGGGUCAUCAGGGGAACCAAAGCCCAUCAGGAUAGGAUCAACCUCCAUUCAAGAUGCAAAACUCACUAAACUUCACUCACACUCAAAAUCCUUAGAUGAUGGUAACUCAUCUCCUACCAAGAAGAGCUUUUUUGAAUAUAAAGAUAUCAUUUCAGAUAUUAAACAUAAGAUAACUGACACCAAAGAAAAGAUAACUGAUUCAAUAAGCAAAAGAAUAGAAGAAUUUUCCGGGGACUCAAGUUCCAAUCCCAGCCCUGAAAAUGAGCAGCCUUUUGAUGAUGACAUGUUGGUUACAGAGAGAGAGAACAUUUUGACUGACAUAAGGCCAGAAAGGGCACCUGUCGUUCAAGAUGCUUUGCCCAGUUCAGUGAAAGAUGACUUAGUUGACCAUUUCCAGGAAUGUGAGGAAGACACAAGUAGUUGGAGGAAGGAGGACGAAGAAGAGGAUGACAUAGAUGUUGUUGAUGAGUACUUUGGUAUGAACUCAAUGGAGGAAUUUAGUUCCAACCCUGGAUUGAAUGUGUCUGUGAGGCAGAGAUCAAAACUAAAACGUUUAGUCAAUAAAAACUCUAAACCUGUAACGUCAGCAACUGUCUCUAUGUCAACUCUAAUGGACACCAGUCCAGCGGAGGAAGAACCACAGUUUAAUCUAGAAGUACGAGAUGAAAAUAACGAACCUGUGGUUGAGAAAACUGAGCCAGCACCAAAACCAGACCUGGAGAUAGCAAGUAACCAUGACAAGAAAAUGCCAACCACAUUGGAGGUGGUGAGGCCAACAGAGAAGACCGUCCCCAUACAGAAGCUGGUAGCAGUAGCUGUGUGUGUGUUUGCUUAUCUCAUCAUGCCGCUCCCCUCCUAUGUGUCGGGGCUGAUGAUGGGUGUCAUGCUGGCGUCCGCUGGAUGGGCCUUGUAUCUCUGGUACAAACAACCACCAAAACAACAUGAUGAUUUCAAACUCACCCCACUUGAAGAUUUACCUCCCAUGUAUAUUCCUCAGAUGAGGGAUCCAGUCAAAGAUGAUGGUAUUUAUAAGGGCUGGAUGAAUGAACUGUUGGAAUACAACUCAGAUGACUACCAUAUCAAUCAGACACACUCGGUCUACAUCAGUCUGGAAGGUGCACAUCUGAGACUACAGCGACCAAAGAUAGGGGUGCCAAAACGUGCCAUGUGGGACGAGGCAUUCACACCGUCAUCGUUCAUACACCAGCGCCAUUUCGACCUUCAGGGGAGUCGUGUGUUCCUGCUCCCCCCAGGCCUAGUGAAGAAGAGGAUAUGGAGCAAGAAGUACCCAAUCUGUGUGGCCCUGGCUCAGACUGGUACCAAGACAACCAGUAUGCCCUCUGCAGUGUCCGGAUCUCCCAAACACACAACCACACCCAUCAGUGAUGGAGAGUUAGGAUUUGAAAUCAUUGACGAGGAGAAAUGUGACAGUGGUAUUCUCUAUCUGUUUGCUCGCACAGGGAGAGAAAAGGAAGACUGGUAUAAACGUUUCGUUGCAUCUAUGGGUAACCCUUUAGGCAAUCACUUGCUAGAUCUCAAAAAGGCAAUUUCAAGUCAGUCUAAACAUAAACGGAGCAAUUCGGACACUUCUUUGAGACACAAACGACAAGGUUCUACAGAUUCUGUUUCGUCCACAUCUUCACUAGCGGAGACACCAGUACCACCAUCCCCAAAAGAAAACCAGUCUGUGUUAGAUGUGGAUCUCCUGGCGUUCGCACAGUACAUGGGACGCCUGAUGCCCUCCGCCUCUGGUGUCUCCAGCCCAGGGAAGGAGAACAAUACUUGGAGCACGAUCAGUGGAUCCCUCAUCUGUGAUAAACAACUGUUCUGGGUAAAUGCAAUGGUUGGUCGCAUCUUCUGGGACUUCCUUCGUGACAAAUGGUGGUCAGAGAAGGUGACUGAGAAGUUGCAGAGGAAACUCAGUAAGAUUCAUGUGCCAUAUUUCAUAGAAGAACUACAAGUGAUGGAUAUUGAUAUGGGCUCAGAGAUCCCAGCCAUCCGACGUGCAGGAAAACCAUACCUGGAUGAGAAGGGCUUCUGGGUCGACCUUGACAUCGCCUACAAUGGAGGUUUCAAGAUGACAAUCGCAACAAAGGUCAACUUGAUGAAACUAAAGAAAACUACACAUCAGAACGUCUCACAGCGACCACUUGAUAAGAGGUCACCCAUAACAGACUCUGAUGAGGAGGACAGCGCGGAGUCCUCCACAGACGAAGAGGAGGAAACCCCAACCACUGAUGAAAGUGCAGCAUCAGGUGGCACCACCAGCAAGAAGUUCCUGCGAUAUCUGGACAAGAUCACUCAGAGUAAAUAUUUCCAGCAGGCCACUGAGUAUAAAUAUAUCAAGCGGGCCAUGGAGGGGGUGUCCAACACUCCUCUCAUCCUCACAGUGGAAGUCAAGACCCUGGUUGGAACCAUGGCCCUCAACAUUCCGCCCCCACCUACAGACAGAUUCUGGUAUGGUUUCCGUGGCAACCCUAGAUUAUGGCUGUCAGCUAAGCCGAAAGUUGGUGAGCGUGAGGUAACAUUCAACUAUAUCACAGAAUGGAUAGAGAAGAAGCUGUCGGUUGAGUUUCAGCGUGUGUUUGUUAUGCCCAACAUGGAUGACCUGGUUAUCCCAAUCCUUCUCCCCCGGCAUCCUCCCUGAAGCCAUUCCUGUUGCCACGCCGUCCGCCACCACCUCGGUCUGACACUGACAACAAAGCACUCUGCAACAGGGCACCCAGAUCUUCAUACAGACAACAAAGCACUCAGCAGCAGGGCACUCUGAUGUGCCCACAGCAUACAAAGCACUCUACAGCAGGGUACUCUGAUGUGCCUACAGCAUACAAAGCACUCUACAGCAGGGUACUCUGAUGUGCCCACAGCAGACAAAACACUGAAACGGGGCAUCCAGAUCCUGCCCACAGCCAACAAAGCACUCGGGUACCCUGUUCUUCCCAAAGCAAACACCGUAAAUUGUAGCCAAAAUAGCAAUCAGUUCAUCACCCAGUGAGUUGCACCCAAUUACAUCAGAGCCAAGCUGCAGGAUAGCCUGUCUUUGCUGCACUGCUUGACACACAGCUCUCCUAUAGAUGCCAGAAUAGCCUGCUCUGCACUUGAACCUUUCCCCUGAGACUGCACCUUUCUAUGUGCAAA